CACAUUUAACACGCGCUGUGUAUACAGUGUCAAUCAUCAUGAGAUCGUCUUCUUAUCUCGUCGUGCCCGCAUCGAGCCUCCUGGUGCUCCUCUUCGGCGUCUUCCUCGGGCGCGCGGUCCUCGCCUCGCCCGUCAAACAUCCUAAUUGCAUCGGUGCCGCCGAGUGCCCGAGGAUCGUCAGUCGGGAAGAAUGGAAGGCCAGGAAACGUCUAGGCUUCGAGCUACUGCCAGUGACACCGACGCCGUACGUGGUGAUCCAUCAUGGCGGCAUACGUAGAUACUGCAAGGAUCAGGAGUCGUGCUCCGCGAUCGUUCGGUCUUACCAAAAUUUCCACAUGGAUGACCGGGGCUGGUAUGACAUUGGCUACAAUUUCCUCGUCGGCGAGGACGGGAACGUCUACACGGGUCGCGGCUGGGACUACGUCGGCGCCCACGCCAUUGGAUACAACACGCAAAGCAUCGGCAUAUGCGUUCUAGGAGACUUCACCGAUUUUCUCCCGAACGCGGCCGCUCUGAAGGCGUUGAACGAGCUGAUAGCCUGCGGGGUUUCACUCGGCAAGAUAAGCGACAAGUACAAUGUGAUUGGCCAUCGGCAGACGCGAGCAACGGAGUGUCCUGGUGAAUCCUUCUACAAGUACGUAAAAGCUCUUCCCCGUUGGACGGCGAAUCCGAUACCGCUUCGCACGAACACCACCACCACCACCACGACGGAGCCAACGGAGCUGAGAGACAACGACGUGGCGGGGAACGACAAACCUGCCGCUUUAUGAUGACUCUUCCGGGUCAUUCUAGCGAGAUUAACCAAAUUUGCUCUAAACGCUGCCACCCGGUAUAUAAGAUGAAGAUUUGAGACCAAGAGCCCGCCAGGUAUCACGAAAUUAUCUCGCUCUUGUUGCAAGACGCUCACGUGAGCCACGUGAUCAUAGUAACUAGUAACUUAAUUUUUCCAUUUCAUUUCCCUCUUUUUUAACGAGUUGCGGACUUACAACGGAAGACAGUCGGGCUUCGCCUAUAUAAUAAUAAAGUUACGAAGUCUGUUGUUAUUAGCCGAGCUGGUUCGUACUUUUCCCCGUGAAAUAAGUAUGUGACCGAAAGUUGGAAAGGAAAGGAACGAAGCGCGGCAUUGGUUCAGCUGAGAAAACAAACUCAUCAUUUUAGCGUCUCUCGAUAUGCCAGACGUUGAAUAACGGUUGCUAUUUCUUGCCACACGGGCGUUAUGAAAGGUCCUGCGACGAAACACAUUCGUCGUCCUUCGGUUGGUUCAUUUUACGAAGAACGGUUUCUCGCGGUCUCGCGGAGGUAGUUCCCCGAUGUUCCAGAUUUCCCAGCACGAGCGCGCUCGACAUCGGUGCUACAUUAUAAUAACGGCUGAAAUCUAUGUCGCGAAUGGAUUAAUUAAACAACAAUGUGUGUCAUUGAUACGAUACGGUAUACCUUGAGCAGGGUCGACGAAUGCGCACUUUAUCACACACCGCCGCUGUAGUUCGACGAGCGAGAUCGAUGUCGCGUGCUCGGGCUGUUCCGUGUGAACUUUCACGUGUGCUUACGGAAUCGUGUGUAGCCCGCAAAGGGGCCGCGGCCUUCGUGUUUAAUUAGUUAAUGAUCAUUGAAAGAUCACCGCGCGACGUGAUUCUCUUCUCCGACGAAACGAAUUUCUCCGCGCACGUGCCUCACAAUUAUAUAAAUGGCGUGUAAAUUACCGUCGAAUAUUUUUACAAAGAUGUCUGAACACGAUUCCGAGAGACCUUCGUGCGCAAGUCGUGAAAAUGUGAGCGGUGAAGCCGCUGUUUGGGACUUUCGGGAAUUCCUCGGGUCAAUGGCAGCAAUUUCGGAAAACGAUAGAAAACAAUUAUAGACGUGAAUCCUGCGCGAACGACCGACACGCACCGACGAGCCACCGCUGGCGGUCUCCACUUCGAUCUUCGCCAUCAACGCGAAAUGCUACCGAGCUAUAUUAUAUAGCUAUAGUUAGUAGUAAAAAAAUAGCAGAGAAAAAAAGAAAUUAAAUAUUAAGUUGUCGAUUAAUCAUAAUGAUCGAUUGCCUCUCCCGAGAACGCCUGUUAUUAAGUAUGAUUCUGCGGGAGCCGAAUCGAUAAGAUGGUUUGUAUCGCGUAAUGUAAUGUGACAUAUUUGCUCCCGGGUAUGCAUUUAUAAUGUUUUCUUGUCUUCAAAUGCUGUACGGAAAAAUGAAUGUAGAAACCAAUCUCUUGCGAGAUUAUCUAGCGCAUUUCGCCGGGCGAGCAAAUCGAACGAUCGACUUCGAUCGCGCGAUCAUUAAAACGACGCGUAUUUAUUGAUUAAUUAUUGCGAUAAUAAUGGUUGCCAGAUCAGGCCGCGCGAUCGACUCAUCAAUGUUCCUGAAUGAGCCUGUUCCUCUUAAGUAGUACAAACGAUUAGUGACAUAAUGACGUCACUGUUAUUUGUAUUUAUCAUUUUUGUCCAUUAAAAUAGGAUUAUUAGUAGAGAUAGUAUUCCAUCUAUGCGUGUGUAAUAUUUGUGCACA